AUGUCUCAGGGGUGUGAAAGUGAAGCUCCUGAAGAUAGGGUGGUCGAAAUCCUGUCCAGGUUGCCGCCCAAGUCUUUGAUGCGAUUCAAAUGCAUACGCAAGUCUUGGUGCGCCCUCAUCAAUAGUCCUCGUUUUGUGGCCAAACACCUCAACAAUUCCGUGGACAACAAACUAUCAUCCUCCACGUGUAUCCUUCUCCACCGUUCUCAGAUGCCCAUUUUCCCUUACGACAGUUGGAAACGAGAAUUUUUCUGGUCCAUGAUUAAUUUUUCCAUUGAUAGUGAUGAGAGCAACCUUCAUUAUGAUGUUGAGGACCUAACUAAUGUACCGUUAUUGCAAUGGGAAGACCAUCAUGAAGUAGAGAUUCACGGUUAUUGUAAUGGGAUUGUCUGUGUAACAGUAGGGGAAUAUUUUUUUUUGUGCAAUCCAGCAACGGGGGAAUUCAGUCAACUUCCCAAUUCACGCCUUCUUCUACCCCUUCCUAGGGGAAAAGGAAAAUUUGGAUUGGAAACGACCGUUAAAGGAUUGGGAUUUGGCUAUGAUUGUAAAGCUAAAGAAUACAAGGUUGUGCGAAUUAUAGAAAAUUAUGAUUGUGAGUAUUCAGAUGGUGAAGAAACAUAUAUUGAACAUACUGCUCUUCCUCAUACAGCUGAGGUAUACACAACAACUCCUAACUCUUGGAAAGAGAUUAAGAUAAAUAUAUCAAGUAAAAUAUUAUCAUUUUGUAGCUAUCCCUAUUCUUGUUCGGUGUACUUGAAAGGAUUUUGUUAUUGGUUGUCAAGCGAUGACGAGGAAUACAUAUGUUCAUUUGAUUUAGGUGAUGAGAUAUUCGAUAGGAUAGAACUGCCUUCUAGGAGAGAAUCUGGUUUUAAGCUUGACGGUAUUUUUCUGUAUAAUGAAUCCAUCACUUAUUAUUGCACUAGUUAUGAAGAGAGUUCCAGAUUAUUUGAAAUAUGGGUAAUGGAUAACUAUGACGGAGUUAAGAAUUCAUGGACAAAACACCUAACAGCUGGACCCUUUAAAGGCAUUGAGUUUCCAUUGACACUUUGGAAACAUGACGAGCUUCUUAUGAUUGCCUCCGAUGGAAGAGCCACCUCUUACAAUUCUAGUACCGAAAAUCUCAAGUAUCUUCAUAUUCCUGUUAUUAUCUAUAGGAAUAGGGUUAUAGAUUACGUGAAAAGUAUUGUUCCAGUUAAGCGAGUCGAGGGCAAAGUUCCAUUUUCUCCUAUUUAAUUUAUAUGUUUGAUAUAUUGCUUGAGUUUGCACCUUCUAAUUUUUUUUU